AUGAAUAAGGAAAUGAAUUCCAAAACUAACAAUAAAACAAAUGACGAAGUGGUUAAAAUAACAGAUAUGAUGGCCGAUAAAGUUGAAUCCUAUCCUUCAGUAUAUUAUGAAAUAAAAGAAAAACAACCAAUAGAUCAUAAAUCAGGCCUUGUUAUCAAAUUCAUGUCAAAUGAAAAAUCCAUGAUCGAUAUUAAUAAUGAAAAUCAAAUGAAAUUGGUGAAUGUACGGCCAGCUAUCGAUAAACCAUUGAUAGAUUCUUCUUCUAAUGAUGGUAAGAAUAUUCCAGUACAAAUGUCACUAGAUGAAUCGGAAAGUUCGGUAGCGGAUUUAUUCGUCACCAGAUCGGAAUUGUUGGCCGAAGAAAAUGUACCGUCGAUCAUCGGUUUACAAGAUAAUGAUAAAAAUGUAAAAUCGAAUAUUUUGGAAGCCAAUCAAUGUUAUUCACAGCAGCAGCAACAGCAAUCGUCGUCCAUAAUUGAAACACACAAACAAUUUCAAACAAGAGGACCCAAAUUAGAAUUAACAUUGAACAAAGUAAGAAAGGCAAUCGAAAAUCUUAGACCAUCAAAACCGAUAUCUCCAUUGCCUCCGUCUUCAUCAUCAUUGAUCAUAGAUUCAUCUUGGGUAGGUCAGAAUUCUGCACGAUUUAAAUGGAUACCAUUACAGUCAAUGGAAGAGAUUCGAAAAAAUUGGCUCGAAUGGAAUCAGAAACAGGAAUCAGCAUGCAUAUUGAUGGAUGAAAAUAGUUUGACUGUUGUAGAUGGAGAUGAUCAAUUUGCUACCUAUUAUGAUCGUUAUCAUAAAUUGUUUGCAUCAAAAAUACGUGGUACUGCAUUCUAUCUAGGUCGAUUUCGAAAUCAUCAUCCAAUAUUGGUUAAAAGAAUCACUACAGAGAGAAAAUAUUUCGACUUGGAUGCUACUUGGAUAGCAAUAACUAAACGAAUUUGUUCAUCAUCGUCAUCAAGUGACGAUAACAAUCCAUUCAUAAGAAUUUAUGAAAUUUUCCAUUCACCAUCCGCAUCUCAAGUAUUCAUGUUCAUGGAAUUGCUACCAAAUAAAUCUUUGCAUUAUCAUCUAAGACGUCGACGAUCGAUUCGUAUCGAUGAGAUUAGCCUUUGGUCGAGUCAAUUAUUGAAUGCCAUAGCCUUCAUGCAUAAUCAUGCCAUAGUCAACAGGUCAUUACGUUUAGAACAUCUUCUUUUAGACGAAAAAUUCAAUAUUAAAAUAAUUAAUUUUCGUCGUUCAAUAUCAUAUUGGAUUCCUGGCUCUACGAUUAAUCGUCAACAGGUGAAUAGAAUAUCUAAACGAGAAAAAAAAUGUCGCCAAAACAAUCAUCUGCCACCAGAAUGUUUCCAUAAUAAUUAUAAUCCACAAUCGAUUGAUGUUUGGUCAUUUGCAGUCAUCGUUUGUUCAUUGGUUACCUAUCGUUAUCCAUUCAAAUGUAUGUCAAAACAGAUUAUUAGAAAUAUGGAACAAUGUUGGCUUGAUUUCAAACAACGACAUCAAUCAUUAUUUAUUACAACAACCGAUGGUAUUCGAAUUCUUGAACAAAUAGCUGAAAUGAUAUCAAUGAUAUUUAAACAAGAUCCAUGUAAACGUGCUAAUAUUAAUGAUGUACAGAAAUGUUCAUUCUAUUGCAAUAAUAAAUAAAUAAUAAUAAAAAUGACAAAGUUAAUGAAAUAUAAAUUGAAAAAAUUUUUUCAAAAUAAAUUGUAAAAAUAUUGUCUUAUUAGAGAGUAACACCAUCUUUUGGCCAACAAAUUUCAACCUUUCUCAAAAAUUUUUUGUUGUUGUUGUUGUUGUGUAGUAGCAGUAACGCCUUAUCGAUUAACUGUGAAUGCCGUCGUAUGUGUGUGUAUUAUAUUAUGGUAGAUAAUAGAGCCAGAUGUUCAAAAGCUGGCUCAUUUUAGUUGAAUGAAGUUUUUUUUGAUGUUUUUGUUGUUGUUUUGUUCAUUGCAAUUUCUUGCCCCGCUCAUUGUGAAUGAAUAUCAUUUUCAUAUAUCAAUAAUAAUAAUAAAAUGAUUUAUUAAUAUUGUGGUAUGUGUCUCUUCUUCUUUCUGUCUGUCAUUUGAAAUGAACUUGAAAAUUUUCCCGUUCUUUUUCUCAUCAGAAUUUUUG